AGCUGGUGGCACCAGCAAUGCCCAAUCAACCUUUUCAGCUGCUCAACCUGAAAAUGAGAUAUUGAUGAGUGUGCCACGCAGAUGCAUUACUGCCAGUCCAACACGAUGUGCGUAAACCUGCCCGGCAGCUAUCGUUGUGAUUGUCUACCAGGUUUCAUCAGAGUGGACGAAUACUCUUGCACCGAGCAUGACGAGUGUGCGAGUGGCCAAAAUGUGUGCGAUGAGAAUGCCAUCUGCACCAACACCAUCAGAGGACACCUGUGUACCUGCAAGCCAGGAUACGUGGGCAAUGGCACCAUCUGCAGGGCCUAUUGUGAGGAGGGAUGUCGGAGUGGAGGGACCUGUGUGUCUCCAAAUACAUGUGUAUGUCCCUCAGGAUUUACGGGACAUCGAUGCGAGACAGAUAUUGAUGAGUGCGCAGAGGGCCUGAUUGAGUGCCACAACCACUCUCGCUGUGUCAACCUGCCUGGCUGGUACCAYUGUGAAUGCAGAAGUGGUUUCCAUGACAAUGGAUCCUACCAGCUCGAUGGAAGCUCCUGCAUUGGAUGGGCAGACGUAUUGUAGGAGGAGACCCUGUGACUGUGGAGACCCAGAGGAGGAUUUGUUCUGCUGUCCUGUCUGUGACAACAGGCCCAGCACACAGUGUCUGGACCAGAGUGGGCGCACGCUUUACCACAGCGGGUCAACUUGGCUGUAUGGUUGCCAGCAGUGCCGCUGCAUGGAGGGGGAGGUAGACUGCUGGCCUCUAGUUUGUCCUGCGUUGACGUGCGAGUACACGGCGGUGGCGGAGGGUGAGUGUUGUCCACGUUGCGUCACGGACCCCUGCCUGGCUGACAACCUGUCAGAUGACAUCCGGCAGACGUGCAAAGACCCCACAGGUGACACUCGCCUCAGCGGGGACACGUGGCACAUGCCCAAGUCACCCUGCACUACCUGCAAGUGUAAGAACGGGAACGUUUGCUGCUCGGUGGAUCUCGACUGCCUUCAGAACAACUAAAACGCUCCUCCUCUCCUCCCAUCGCCUCGGGACCCGUCACGCUCUCUCAACCUUCUUUCCGGAUUCACAGGACAGACUCGUGCGCACACACACGUGCAUGGCAUCGUGUGCACAAGAAAAACACACGCUGGACAGACGUGGGGUGUCGGGAGUUGCGCUUUUUUACGCCGCGACUCAGCUCGACAAACAGUGAGCGGGUGUGUGAGUGUGUGUGACUCAGGAGGGGACCUGAGGUCACGGCCACUCUCACCACAGUCACUGCGUUGUGUUUGCGUUCGGUUUUGAUUUUCACUCAUUGUCUUGAGGUAACUUUUUGUCGUGUCUCAAACCACAAAAAAAAAACAAAAAAAAAAACAGAGACAAACAGCUGGCCACGUGUCGGGUGCGGCAUCUGUCCACACUGACUCACCUAAAGAAAAAAUCAUCACGAACACGUUCAUCUAAAAUGAUUUAGAAUGUAAAGAAUGUCACUUUAAACGAACAUGAGGACUGAUCAGUUUAAAAGCUUUAAGUUACCUUUUUUUGGUGAUAUUUUACCAUUUGUCUUUACUCCACAUUAUUUUAUGUCAAGAGUCGGACUGGCAUGAUUAACAGUGAGCUGUGGACUAUACGUUCUUCUUGGAUUCUUCAGUCUUCAGCAGCUCCUGAUUGAAGUCACAGCUGAUGAUUUGGAUCUUUCUGAGCUCUGCGUAUCGUUCCAUCAUAACCAUCAGCAUUACUAUUAUUUUUCUUCCAUUGCCACACCUAUAUAUUUUCUUUUUGGCAUUGCCCUUUUCAUCCUGCAUGGCAGCUCCACUGUAGAAACUGCAAAUCAUGUCAGUAGGAAAGAAUAACGAGCGAUCAUUUCUUCAACUUUUUUUUCAAAUACAGUACAUCUAUAAGUUUAUAAGUCUGUGUAUGCACUUGGAAAGGUUGUACAGAUUGAAGGAAUGUUUUAUGUUUGUGACCCAGUUGAAGUUGGGUGGACACGUUCAAAGUGUCCACUGGUAGCAUUUGGCGAAGGUCCUUAAAAUGCCAAACCCUAAAUAAAUCAGAUUCAUCACAGAGUGCAGGCUCGGAACUGGGACAUCCCUCUCCCAGGCCAGUAACACUUCAGUCUUCAACAAUCUCCCUCAGCAUCGCUGUUCUCUCUUUGAUGAGGAUGCCCACCAGAUGCUUACAGAUACAACAACUCUCUCGUUUUAUCAAAAGGAAGCGAAAACAGCGCACAGCCGAUCCCUGCAGGUCAGAACAAGCACCAGCCCAAGCUGUUGAUUAAACCGCCACAACUCGUGAUGACCUGGACUUUCUGCGUCUCCGGGGGCUUUUCUGCUCAGCACCAUAUGGCUCACAGAAUGACAGGGGUGG